AUGAGUCUGGGCAUCAUUGCGACCAUCUCAAAUGUUCUGAGAAAUGCCUUCCAGACUGAGCUCACCAGUAAGGACUUCACAUUGCUAAGCGUACUGACGGACGAUCAAUUGCCGGUGACCGUGGUCGCCAUUCUCGAGAUCAACAGUGGCGUUAUCGCAACGUGUAUUCCGACAUGCAUUGCAAUAGUUCGAAGACGCAGUCAACAGACAGCGCAAUCCAACGCUACUCCAUAUGCCUCACGCACAAGUCGAAUGCGAAGUGGCAAGCUCACACCACAAUUGGCUCACAAUGGGUACGCGCAUGACAACGCCUCCUCUUUGGGCGAGGAAGACCAUCAAGAAUUACUUCCCAUGGGCCACCGGUGCGGAAUUGUCUCUGGCACAUCAAAGGAUACCCUCGGUAAGGGUAGGGGUUCAGUUAACGUUACGUAG